GGCCAUUACCGCCUCUCAUUGGGUCUCGGAUUCCCUACAAACCAGGGCUAAUUAUCGGGGAGGUUUCAUGUGGAUAAAGUGGAGCUCAUCUCCGCCUUGCACACAUCAUGCCCCCGCCUCGUCCGCCACAUUUGCUUUUGCGUGCUUUUUAAACUUUAGAAAAAAAAGCAUAACAAUCCCACCCCUAUAUAUCACCGGCCCCCAGCAGACGCCCGCGGGAUGAUGGACAGCCGAAUAUUGGAGCCGCCUCACGCCCAGUUCGGAGGCUCCCUCGGCGGCGGCGGAGGCAUGGUGGGCUUCCCGUACCACCUGAGCCACCACCACGUCUACGAGCUGGCCGCUGGCCACCAAAUCCAGUCAGCCGCUGCCGCCGUCCCUUUUUCCAUAGACGGAUUACUCAAUGGGUCGUGCGCGGCGUCCGUGGGCGGCUCCGGCGGGCUCUUGGCGUCUGGUUGCGGGAUGAACGGAGACAAUCAACCGUACAAACUAACAGACUCGGGAGACCUGGACAAGGAGAGCCCAGGCUGCAAGAGACGAAGAACGCGCACAAAUUUCACCGGCUGGCAGCUGGAAGAGCUGGAGAAGGCGUUUAACGAGAGCCAUUAUCCAGACGUGUUCAUGAGGGAGGCUCUGGCCCUCAGACUGGACCUCAUUGAGUCCAGGGUGCAGGUGUGGUUCCAGAACCGCCGAGCAAAGUGGAGGAAGAAAGAGAACACCAAGAAGGGUCCGGGCCGACCCGCGCACAACGCACACCCGACAACCUGCAGCGGCGAGCCCAUGGACCCGGAAGAGAUCGCUCGGCGAGAACUGGAUCGCCUGGAAAAGAAGAAACGGAAGCAGGAGCGCCGCCUGCUCAAGGCCCAGAACAAGCAUUUGCACGGGGAUCUAUUUCACACGCCGGGAUCGGACAGUGAUAGCGGCUUGUCUCACGUAACUGACAGCGACCACGGAAGCGGUCAGCGCUUGGACCUCACCAAACCUCUGUGCGACCAGCCGCCUCACUCGCUGCACACGCCGAGCCAAAACCAAAGACACAUGGACCAGGACGCUGGCGGCUCCGAGCUCGAUUCGAGCGACAGCAGCCACCGAUCGAGCCUGUGCUGCGGGACCAACCGAAACUCCGGCUUGCAGAAACUCAACCCGUUCAGCGUGGAAAGCCUCCUAUCGGACUCCAGACCCAGGCGCCACUCCGCGCCCUUGCCCGCCUCUCGCCCCCUCAUUGGCAAAGGACACUUUCUGCUCUACCCCAUCACGCAGCCCCUCGGAUUCAUCGUCCCCCAGACGGCCUUAAAAAACCCUUCGAACCCCGACAGCGGUUCCGAAGAACAUCAGGCGGCCGGCAUCCACGAGCGCGCAGCCUCUUCCGGGUGCAGGAGCGUCUCCCCGGGCGCCGCGGAAAGAGACCGGGCGGGGUCGGGGUCCAGCAGCCCUGGGACUUUGGGCCAUGAACACGGCGCACAAUGCGGGAAGGAUCAUUUAGAGGAAAGUCAAGUAGAAUCUCCACCGAACUGUCACGAAAAAACGGAAUAAACUCAAGAGGGUAACGAACACCUUAAGAUUUAAGGCCAAAGCUCUUACUGUGCCACGUUAGGUUCUCCUCUCCCUUUGAGUGUGAGUGUCUAGAUAUCAUUUUAAACGUGUCAGAAAAAGCAACAAGAAAACCCUCAAGAGCUGUUAAAAAAAAAAAAAAGAAACGACUAUACUAUUUAUUUACAUAUGUGAGGCUUUUUUCUUAAAUAAAUCUAUUGUAUACAAUCACUCCGAAAGCGUGUACGACCUUAAAUAGCGGUAACAAGACUUCCGGGUAGGGGGCAGCCAAUCACAUGAGAGCGUUUUUCUUUGAGGAAAUUUUCACAGGUUUGAAGUUUCUUCGAGACUUCACACUUAUUAUUAUUUUUUAUUUUUUUAAAAGAGAGAGAGCUAAUACAUAGCACUGUGUGUAAAAAACAAACAAACAAAAAAAAAAACGUAUUUUGCGUUGGGGUUGUAAUGGACUUUGGAUGGUUGUUUUUAAAUGAAGACAAUACUUUCAGGUAGAGUUAGCCAAUCAUGUGUGAGCGGGGGGGGGGAUGCACAGUAUAUAUAUUUCUAAUAUUAAAUAGCUACAAGGAGACUUCUAUAAGAAAAGCAAAUCACAUGAGUGCUUUUUCCUUUCUGGGGGAGGAUAACCUCGUGUUGUGGGCCUAUUUGGAAUUGUUUCUAAAUGGCAAGAAAAUGACUCCUGGGUAGGGUCAGCUAAUCACGUGACAGCUUUUUUGGGUGUUUUUAUUUUGUUGGGGGGGGGUCUCGUGUUAUAUUUCUGUAUAUUAAAGGUAACAACAAGACUUCUUAGUAGGGCCAGUCAAUAAUGUGCGAUUUUCUUCUUCUGGGGAGAAACGCAAGUUGUAUUUUAUAUAUUGCCUUAACAAAUAUAUUCAUCUUUAACACACACACACACACAGGCACACAUAUAUCCACACAUGCACACACUCCAAAAGAUGAAAUGAGGUUAGGAGCCUGAGGCAAAAGGGAGCCGCUGCACUCCUGCAGAGUUUUGAUAUGAAAGUAAUUAUUUUCCCGGUGGCUACUUUGCGGGGGGAAUACGGUUUAUUUUAGCUCAAAAAAAAGAGAAGGGGGGAUGGUGGUGCGGAGGUGAGGGUGGAGGGGUAGGCUAAUACAUUACCGAUUUGUGGCGAUAUGAAAUCACAUAAACUUCCAGGAAUAAUAGAAUUAGCAUGAAAAGGCCCGGGUGUCAAAUUGAAAUAGGAAAAUAAUAGCCUCGGCAGCUGCGUGCAUGUGUGCAUUAUUGGAUCGUGGGGAGGCAUUUUCAUGAGCUCUCAUGCUCACUCCGUGUGUGUGCGUGUGUGUGUGUGCCAGGAGGGGGGCCCUUGUGGACAAAAAGGGGGGGGGGUGCACAUGAAGAUAGAUGUUCGAUGAUAUCCGCUCAUUGUUGUGUCGCCUUCACGUCCAUGUCGGGCUCUUAUCAGCCUAUUGAUCACAGCCGGGCUGUAAUGUGCCGGCCCGGGCCGAACGUGCCUAUUUACAAUAGCACAACACAUUUGUUCUAAUGGGCAAGGCGCUCCCCGGGGAUGCCAAGCGGGAUCUGGGACAUCUGCUACAUGCCCCCCCCACGCUCCAAGGCCGCCCCCUGCUCGCUUCCUUUGCCAAUAUUGCACAAUAUCAUGUCCAAGACAUGUGGAAGCCAUGUUUUUAUUUUUAAUAAUAAUCCAGCACAAAAUAGCCAAGUCGGCUUUAUGUACAUGGACCUUUUGCUGCUUUAUUUGCAAAUAGGAGAAAUAAUGAAAGUGCUGAGGCUUUAAGUCAUGGCAGGCAUAUAAAAACAUAUUUACAUAAAUUGACACCCUUGCAGCUGUUUGCGCAAGGACUUAUUAGGGAGAACAUGUGGGGGAUUAUAUGCAGCUUGCUUGCUGCUUAUUAUGAUUUUAUUAGCAUCAUUGGCAAUUUAUAAUGUAAUGUCUGAAUAUGAAGGUGAUUAUUUUAGGUGCGAUUAAAAAUGAUCAGUUUUGAUUGACACGCUCAGUAAAAUAAAAAUAGUCAUUAUUGUUUGUUUGCAGGUGUUAACAGCUAAAAUACGGAAGCAAAUUAUUUUGAUUAUCGUAAAUGGGCACGUUUAUUCUCCUUGGCAAGAUAGAACAUUGUAAAAUUCAUACCUGUGUCAAUCAAACGUUUGAAGGCUAUUUUAUUUUAAAUUUAUGUUGAGCAGGUGUCUUAUGAAAAUCACAAAGACGAGAGGAAAAAAGUGCAUUUUUCUUUCUAUAUUUUUCCUCGCGGCUCCAAUUUGCACUCGAAUUGAAUGUGUAUCUGUAUUUUAUUUAUUUUUCCAUGCACGCUGCCCUCCGAGGCUAUGUGGGACGUGUGCCCAGUUCAUCUAUAAUUCAUUAGCAGGCUGAAUAGGAGUAUCGCUGGCUGCACAUUGGUGGCCUUAAGGUGAAAUUAGCGAUUUGCUUAAGUAGUUAAGCUUUUUCUCGCCCGAGAGCGGCACGCCUGCAAUGCUUCAAGAGAACCAUCAAUCGAUGGGGUUGUGCAAAAGAAAAGG